GCGCGCAUGCGCACCGCGAGGAGCGUCGGAGCGCGAGAGGCAGGGAAGGAGUCCUAAUGGCGGAGAACGUACGGUCGCCUUUCGACUACCGGGAGCCGCCGACCCUCGACAGCGACGGGGACGGGAGCAAACCUCCGCCGCCACGGGGACGCGUGUGUGGAAGAAAACGGAAGGGCACUCCUGUGAAGGUGUGUGAUCGCGCCUACGUGACCGAAGAUGAAGAGGAAGAGAGCAUGUCUGAGCACAGCUACAGCCCUGGGGAUGGCCAGUACCCAGAGGGGGCAGAGGACCGCCUCCCGCCGCCGGGAAGCCCCUACUACCUGGCCGACCCGUCCCAGCUAUGCGUGCCCGAGCUGGGCGAGGACGGCUCCAGUGGCGUGCGCGGUCCCGUGCUCUUCCACCCGCCGCCCAACUGCCGCAUCCGGGAGGUGCACUGCGGGAGCCAGGUGCGGCUGGUCGUCAUAGCGAUCCGGGACAUCGCCAAGGGCGAGGAGAUCACGGUGGACUACAGCCUCACGGACUGGGGAGAGAACGCCAUGGAGGAAGAGGCAGGGCCCCACCCUCUCUCCCUCUCGGUCUCGGAUUACCUCACCCCCUCCUGGUCGCUCUCCCCCUCCUCCUCCCCCCUCACGCACUCUGAGCCCAGCGACUCGGACCGCGAGGAGGAGGAGGAAGAGGAGGAGGAGGAGGAAGACGACGACGACGACGACGACGAGGAAGAGGACCUGGAGGAGAUGCGCGGCCGCAUGCUCCGGCGCCGCAAGAAGCGCAAGAUGGCCGCCGCCGCCGUCAACCCCAAGAAGAAGAGCUCCGCCCCGCCGCCCCCCACACCGGCGGCGGCUGCGGCUGCCGCCGCGGCAGCCACCUCGUCCCGUGGGCCCGGCCGCCCCUGCUCCUCGUUCCCGCGGCCCUCGGCGGCCCCGCCCCCCCGCUCCCAGUCGCAGCCGCCGCCGCCGGUGAGUGCGCUGGCCCCGCCCACCACCAACAUCAACAACAACAUCAACAUCAACAUCGGGGGGGCGUCGGGCGUGGCGGCGGCGGCGGCGGGGAGCCGGCGGCAGCACUGCCCGUACUGCGGGCGCCACUACCGCUCGCUGGCACGCCACCUGGAGAAGCACCACGCGGGGCAGCCCGAGGUGCGCGCCGCCAUGGAGCUAGCGCACCUGCACGCUAACGGCGGCGGCGGCUCGCACGCACGCGCCGCCUCCUCCACCUCUGCGUCGGCCCCCUGCGCCGCCGCCGCGCCGCACGGCCACUCCUUCGCCGUCCCGCAGCCCUCGUCCUCCUCCAACCCCACCCCGCCGCCGCUCUUCUCCUCCUCCUCCUCCUCCUCCUCCUCCCGGGAGCGGGAGCGGGAGUCGCCCGCCACGCGCUCGGCCGGCCCCGCCGUCUCCUUCUCGCUCUCCCUGUCGCCGCCGUCCCUGGCCCCGCCCCCCGCCGCCGCCGCCGCCGGCAGCAGGAAGGGCGGCGGGCCGACAGCGCCGGCCGCCAAGCGCGGCGCCGGCGCCUGUCAGGCGGCGUCCCGGGUGAAGAGCCCCUCGCCGCCGCCGCCGCCCCCGGCCGCCCCGCCGCCGCCGCCGCAGGUGGCCCCGCCCCCUCCGGCGCAGGCCUCCCCGCCGCCCGCCCCCCGGAGGGGCCAGAGGAUGAAGAGGGAGAAGCAGGAGGAGCAGCAGAAGGUGGAGAAGGAGGAGCUGGCGCCCCCGCCCACGCCGGAGCCCCACCUGGACCAGGAGGAGGAGCUAGAGCUGAGCGCCGAGGGGGAGGAGGAGGAGGAGGACGCGCCGGAGGAGACCAACGGAGAGCUGCUCAGCGCCCACCGACAGCACAUCUCGCCGCUGCUGUCCUCGCUGUCCUGCCUGGUGCUGUACCUGCGCCGGCAGCAGCACGCCUCCUUCCUGUCGCUCACGCGCUCGCCGCACUCGGCCGAGGCGUGGCGCCUGCUGUGCCACUCCAGCCUCUCGCUGCUCAUCCUCUACAACCGCCACCGCGAGUGCGAGGUGGCCAAGCUCUCGCUGCAGGACUACCGCAACCGCACCCUGCCGCCGCCGCCGCCGCCCGCCCCGCCGGCCCCGGCCAGCGGCGGCCCCGCCCCUCCGCCGCCGGCCCCGCCCACCGGCACGGAGGCCCUCCUCUCGCCCUUCGAGCGCCACGUGCUCUGUCACCUGCCGCGGGCGGGCGUGGUGGGCAAGCGGGGCCGCGUGCAGCCGCUCAUCCUGCCGCCGCACAGCGAGGCGUGCCUGGAGCUGCUGCUGCAGACCAGCCCCAACGUGGGCGUGGACCCGGGCAGCCCCUACGUGUUCUCCCGGCCGUACCACUCGCCGGCCACGCCGCUGCGCGGCACCGACCUCCUGCGGAACCUGGCGCGCGCCAGCGGCGCCAAGAACCCCGGCGCGCUCACGGGCACCCGGGUGCGGCGGCAGGUGGCCAUCCUCAGCCAGCUGCUGCUGCUGGAGGAAGGGGGCGAGGGUCCGGCCGGCGCCGCCGCCGCCGCCGCGGGAGGGGCUCCGGCUCCGGCCGGCAGGGCCACCCAGCGGCUGGAGGAGUUCCUGGAGCGGGAGUACCACGUGACGCAGAACUGCGCCACCAUCGUGCGCGACCCGGCGCUGAUGGGCCGGGUGGGCAGGGUGGUGCUGUACGGCGAGCGGGAGGGCGUGCUGUUCCGGGGGAUGAGCCUGCAGCACAUCUGCCUGGAGCUGGACGUGAUGUCCGGCAACUCUGGGGACUCGUUUUCGGACGACUCUGACGGAGAAGGGGCGGAGAAGGAGGAGGUGAAGGUGGAGGUGGCGGUGGCCAAGAAGAAGGGGCCGGGCCGACCUCCCCGGAAGAAGAGGGGGCCCAUCGCCACCCCCGUCAACACCAUGCUUCCUGUCGCCCAUAAAAGGAGAUGCGUCCAGCCCAAAUCCGGGAAGCGCGGCGUGCUGAAGCGGCCGUGGUCGGAGGCGGAGCGCGUGGCGGUGGAGACCCACCUGAAGAGGAACAUCGUGGAGCUGCGUGUUCCCGCCAAGGCGGACUGCGAGCGCUGCUUGGAGCUCUGCCCCCUACUGGUCAGCAACCACAGAGACUGGCGCUCCAUCAAGUUCUACGUCCACAACCGCAUCCAGCUGCUGAAGAAGCAGGGGCGGCGGGAGAGCAGCGGGGGCGGGGCGGCCUGUUAGGCUAGGGGGGAGGGGUUUAGGGUUUAGGGGCGGGGUUCAGGGGUGGGGGGGCGGGACAUAUAUACGUACGUACAUGCACACACACACACACGCACAGACCCAGCACAUGCUAUGUUGUACAAAAAGCCACCAGCAAUCACAAGGAGGUCGGUCUCCUUGGCAACGGUGGAGCAUAGUCGUGUUUGUAUCUUCCUUUUAAAAAAGAAAAAAUUAAAAAAGUUGAAAAGAAACGAGACUUCAACGACGAUGAAGGGGGCGGGCCGUCGAAGGGGGAGGAGCCAUCAACCCCGAAGGGCUCCAGAAGCUCCUCAAGUCGUUAAGGGAGUAGUGUAAUAAUACGGGAAUGAAUAAUACAGGUUUAAGCUACCAGACGGGGGACUGAGACGCCCGCGGAUGUUCGAACGCUUUGCGGAGGGGGGAAACGUUCCGCUUGUUUCUGUUUUUUGUUAAAUAUCCGGACGUGACGUUUGUAUUCCGCGUGUCAUUUGAGGAACACGCCGGAUGAAACACUUUUAGGUUUAGUGACCAUGUCUACUGAAGGCUGACGACCAAACGUGAUUGUGUAAAGUUAUGAUGUGACGAUGUCGAUGAUGAAGAAGAUGACGACGAUAAUGAAGAAACCCAACGGUUGUGGACAACCCCGUUUGAGUCCUGAUUUCUGGUUGCCGUGUUUGAAUGGACUGGGACAUCUAUGAACUGUAUAGUUUGUGUAUUCAAGUGUAUUCUUCAAAUAUCGGACCAUGAUGCACCUGUGUGGUUCAGUGGUUCAUCUUUAUUUUUAUUUUAUUCAGCGUACCUCUACCGCAAUCAUAGUGACGCUUGUGCUGUUUCAAGGCGACCUUGAAAUACAUUUCAUAUCAAAUCAGUGGUGUUUUCUUUUUUAUUUGUAUGUAUACAUGGUCUUAUUCCACAGUGUAAAUACUUGUUUAUCAAUGAAACAUAUACAGUAGUGGAUACUAUGGUGGUAUUGUGAUAUGGAUAUUGUAAAUACUGUAAAUACUACCUGUACUUAUUAAAGUGUAUGACAUUU